AUGUCUGCUUUGUUCGAUUCCGAUUUCAACCUCAGCGGUUUCUUCAGUCUAGGAUCAGUAUACAGUGUGUACAGUAAACCUCGCAGUAACUCUGCCGACAGCUUUGAUAGUGGUUGUUCCCCACACAACGCCGUGCGUUAUCUGCAUCCUCCAGUGCAGCAAACAAACAGCGAAGGUCAGCAACCUCAACAUAGCAAGAAUACGGAGAAUAUAGAAUGUGAGGCCGGCAACGGGGAAGAGACUGUAAAUUAUGCAAAAAAUUCCGAGGACAUAGACAGAGGGUGGGCUUGGGCUGUACUGGUAGCAUCCUUCUUCUCAAGCUGUGUUAACAUAGGCAUCAACAAUUCCGUCGGAGUAUACAACGCGGAAUUCUUGAUUCAGUUUCCCGAGGAAAAUCGAGGCAUUGUGUCGCUAGCCGGCAGCUUGCAGAACUCGCUUUGUGGCCUGACAGGUCUGGUGAGCGGCAUUAUCAUCAGCAAGUACAGCUGCAGGACAAGCAUUCUUUUGGGCGCCUUGAUUUCAGCGCUUGGCUUUAUUGGUACCGCAUUUUCUACAAACGUCCCGCAGGUUAUAGCAACAUUUGGAUUUGUAGUCGGGUGUGGUACCGGCCUCGUUUACACGGCUACGACAGUGUGCGUUGGUCAAUAUUUCCACAAGAGAAGGCCCAUGGCUCUUG